AUGAAGCUGUCAUUCGUAUCACUCCUGGCUGUUGCCUCGCGCACAGCAGCCAUGAGUCUGCUUUCGCUUCAUGACUUGCCAUCCAACUUGAUGCCCAGGCACAUCGACACCAACUACUACGAUGUUUUCCCUGAUACCGGUGUCACUCGUGAUGUGUAUCUUUCCGUCCAAGAAGGGCCUUGCGCCCCGGAUGGAGUCAACACGACGUGUCAGACCGUCAAUGGCACUAUGCCUGGUCCCCUCAUCAUGGCUGACUGGGGAGACCGUCUAAACAUUCACGUCACCAACAAUCUGGCGGUUAAUGGAACCGCUAUCCACUGGCACGGCAUCCGUCAGCUCAACUCUGUAGCCGCGGAUGGUGUCCCCGGGGUCACCCAAUGCCCAAUCGCUCCUGGGUCUUCGCUCACAUAUAGCUUCCACUUGACGCAAUACGGCACCACUUGGUACCACAGCCACCUGAGUCUACAGUAUGGCAUGGGCGUCUUCGGGCCUAUGAUCAUCAACGGACCAGCAACGGCAGACUACGACGAGGACCUCGGGGUGAUUCAUCUCCAGGACUGGGCCCACAAUACCGCCUUCUCGCUCUGGAACACCGCAAAGCAGGGAGCCCCGCCGACCAUGGAAAAUGGCCUCAUCAACGGGACCAACACGUACAACUGCACUUCCACCGACACCUGCACGGGCAUCGUUGGCAAGAAGUUCGAGACGAGGUUCCAGGCGGGCAAGAAGUAUCGCAUCCGGCUCGUCAACGUCGCCAUCGACGGCCACUUCCAGUUCAGCAUCGACGGCCACUCGCUCACCGUGAUCGCCAACGACCUCGUGCCCAUCAAGCCGUACACGGCCGACUCGGUGCUCCUGACCAUGGGCCAGCGGUACGACGUGAUCGUCGAGGCGAACGCGGCCCCCGGCGACUACUGGCUGCGCGGCGCGUGGGUCGACGCGUGCAUGACCAACGGCAACUCGAACGGCAUAACGGGCAUCGUGCGGUACGAUAAUAGUAGUACCGCGACCCCGACCAGCAACUCCACGGUGACAACCGCCUCGAGCUGCAACGACGAGCCGUACAAGAGCCUCGUCCCCCACGUGGCCAUGGACGUCGGCACCGUCACCACGACGGCUUCGGAGACUUUGAACUUCAAGUUCGACUCCUACUUCAAGUGGACCCUCAACGGCAGCAGCCUGCUGCUGGACUGGGCGAACCCGACCAUCACCCGGGUCGUGAACGGGAGCCUCACCUUCCCCACCGAGUACAACGUCGUCUCCGUCAACGGGACCUCGUCUGACUGGACAAUGCUUGUCAUCCAGGAUGCUACUGGCUUCGGCGCGUUCCAUCCUAUCCACCUCCACGGGCACGACUUCUGGGUCGUCGCCCAGGAUGCCGGGACGUUCGACCCGGCCCAAACCAACAUCACCCUCACCAACCCGCCUCGUCGGGACGUGGCGACCCUGCCCGGAAACGGCUACCUCGCCAUAGCCUUCAAGCUGGACAACCCCGGCACCUGGCUUACACACUGCCACAUUGCGUGGCACGCAUCCGGGGGGUUUGCGUUGGAAUUCGUGGAGCGGCAGAGCGAGAUCGUCGCGGCCAUGCCGGCUACGGACGAGACCGCUGUGCAGAACACCUGCUCGUCUUGGAGCUCGUUCAAUCAGAUCGCCAAGCAGGAUGAUUCGGGAAUCUAA